CGCCGGAGCUCGAGCCCAGGACGACGACGAGGUUCCGAGAAGGAGCAAGUCGAUCGGGGAGUGGGUGGAACGCGAGAGAUGGCCAGAGGCAAUGCUGUGGCCGUGCGGUAGGUGUUUGCUCGGAGCAGUGGCAGAGGAGAGGAGAGGAGACGAGAGGAAGGAUGCAGAUCUCUAGCCGCGAGCAGGAGCAUCCCGUAGUACCUUGUCCAGCCACUCCAGCCCCUCGACCGGCAUUGAACUCUGUGUGUCGACAAAGAGUCUGUUGAAGCGGAGCAGGAGGAUGACGAGAUAAAGGCGCAGUGCAGUUCUGCCGGUGUCGAUGUUCUUUGUAGGGCGUGGCGAGUUGUAGAGGUAGUUGUAGGCCUCGCCAGGCCAGGUCAGGUCCUGUCAGGUCGGACAGUGGCAGGAAAAGUGAAUGCGGUAGAAAGUGACCAAUUUUUUAUGAGCAUGCUGAUGGCAGUCUCGUCUGCAGAUUGACAAGAGAGAGAGAGAGAGUGUGUGUGUUCCUAGGGACUGAGAAGGAGGUGGAACUCGUAGAGACGUAUUGGAGGAGGAUGAAGAGGAACGGAGAAGAGUAGAGUAAGGCGGAGGAGCAUCGAGCAGAAGAGGGGGAGAUGUUGGUGCAGUGCAUACGGGUGAGGGGGAGGAAAUGACGUACGGAUUUUUUGUUUCGAGGUUUAUGCCUAGAUGUGGGCAUGACAGGAGCAGGAAGAAUCUGGUGACCUAAAGUACCGUGGGGGUGAGUGGGUUCGCUAUUGUGGAGAAGUUGGAGGUGAAUGGUUGUGAUUGUAGAGCAGUGGUAGUGAUGGUUUGGGUCUGCAGCGCAGGGAAUGAAUGUGGGGGAAAAUGGUGGGACCGGUGAAUUACGGCCCUGGAAGGCGAAGAUGAUCAGAAGUGGAAGUCAUGGCAGCUUCAAGUACAAAUUCGUGGCUCCACACUUCGCUUCUCUCGCCCUCAUCACAGCAACAAUCAGCUCAGCAUGCUCUUUACGCAACAGACCUGCCGAUGCACCACCCGUCUUCGCAUUUGGCUCAACAGCAUCAUGUAGGUUUAGGGCAGCAGGAUCAUCACCAGGAGCACCUUCCGUGCGACACUUUCUGUCAGCCUCUGCAUCACUCCCUCAAUCCUGACUUUCAGCACUCGGCCGAGAGCCAUCAGUUGAACGGUUUCAAUGGAGGAGUCGGGGGCAGGUUAGCAAUUUUCAACCUCCCAUUCCACUACUCUCGCAAACUUGGCCGCCUGUUCAUUGACUUUCUCGUCGGAGAUGGAGAAUCUGCUCUCCAUUCCGCUGUACCCAAAUUGCAGCGGUCGUGUUGGUGUUGGAGGAGAAAAUGGAGGUCAUGUGUCGGCCAGAAAGGUUCACAAGGCAGAUAGAGAGAAGCUACGAAGGGAUCGGUUGAAUGAGCAAUUUGCCGAACUUGCCGGUGUGCUAGAUCCUGAUCGGCCGAAGAAUGAUAAGGCAACGAUACUCGGUGACAGCGUUCAAGUAGUUAAAGAGUUGCGGGCUGAGGUGAAACGUCUCAGAACCGAACAUACUUCACUUCUCGAUGAAUCCCGGGAUUUGGCGCAAGAGAAGACCGAACUUCGAGAGGAAAAGGCCUCCUUGAAGAACGAGACAGAGCAACUACAAGGGCAACUUCAACAACGGCUACGGAUUAUGUUGCCUUGGAUGGGAAUGGAUCCAUCUCUAAUGAUGGGAGCUGCACCAUAUGCUUAUCCCAUGGCUGUUCCGCAGCCUGGUCCCCCUUCAUCGGAAGGAACUCAGACCAGUACAGCACCUCCAGUGCCGCAGUCCGUAGUUGCUCCUGCUGCUUACAUUCCUAUGGCUCCCACAGCUCCGGGCACCUUCGCAGUUCAUCCAGCUUUGCAAGCGUAUACGAUGUUUGGGAACAGACCCGGUGAAGGCGGGGCUCCUUAUAUGCCAUAUCCCCACUAUCCCCCCCAAGUCAACUCGCACUCUCAUGUGGAGAGGCCUUACGCCCAGUAUCCCUCUCCCGUGCAGCCUCUCCCUGGUUAUCUCAUGCAAAUGCAGCCUCACCAGGGCCAACCCCCUAUAAGCGGUGCUCCGCCUGGGCCUUCGAUGUAUCGCUCUUAUGGACCAGGCAUGCCAUUGAUGCCCCCCCAACCUCAAGCUAAUCAGCAAAAUGUACAGGCUAGAGCAAGUCAGCAUCCAGUUGCUCCUUACGCUCACUACCCUGCUUCUGGGAUGCAACCUUAUUCUGGACCGUCCCUGUCCUCAUCCCCACAAGCUUCUCCUGGUCAGUCAGUCCAGACAACAUUACAAUUACAGACUCCCUCGCAGCCGCAACCCCAAAAGCCUUUCGAAGCCUCACCUGUCAAUAGCACGGAUGGAUCUUCAAAAGCACAGAGUGGAGGCUCGGGAUCUGCUUCCUCUGGACAUAAGAAAGAGCCCAAACAGGCAGCAGCGUCUGGAGUGUCUGACUCGAUUGCAAGCUCUCCAAUAUCAUCAGCUCCAGCAGCUUCUGUCUCAUCUACUGGGAACGGAGGAGACGCUGGACAUUUGGAUACUGGAGCUUGUCCCAAUAGGGAUACAUCCCAAACUCAUGAUACCUCUUUCGGGAGGCCACUUGUGAAAUAGGUCCAUCACCAUCAACUUAGCACACCCAUCAGCGGGUUAUUUUCUGCUAGACGCCUUCUUUCCAGUCGCCAAGUCUCAAAUUUUGUAAGUGCUGAGUACUGAGCCCAGUUUGUAAUUAUCCACGUGAUAUGUUGUGUACAUCGGUAGAUCUGUUGAGUUCAUUGAGAACGUCAUUCCUGUUUAUGGUGAAGAAACACACAGUACUUCAACCAACUCUUCGAGCCACAAAAGCUCCCGGUUCAAGCCUUGGCUGGUCAUUAUGACGAAGCUUUUGGUUGGAAUGUGGAAGUGUGUUUUUGCACUGAGCAGGCACUAUGACAGUUGUUGAAAUUGUCCUGCUGUCAAUUUAUUCCAGGAUGGCCCGUCCUUGUCACGAUUACCAUGGUGCAAAACGUGCUGUCCAGCUUGCUCAUCGGAGUAAAGAAUUGAAAACGAAUUUGGUC